CAUCGUGUCUUUAACUGUGUGCGGGGAUGGUGUGUGAUAAUCAGUGUAUAAACCUUAUUUGACGGAGGUUAAUAUGUGUCUUCACGUCAGCAGCCGGCGGAGAUGGUUCAUGGCAAUAUGGAGAUAGUUCAUGAAGGAAUGUUAAAGAAAUCACCGCCCCCGAAGCGGCUGUGGAGGGCGAAAUGGCGCAUGCGGUGGUUUGUGUUGCGAUCCGGAGAAUUACCGGGUCAGUACUUCUUAGAAUACUACACAGACCGCACCCGCCGUAAGCUGAAGGGUAAAAUUGACCUUGACCAGUGUGACCAGGUUGACGCAGGCAUAACUUUUGCAAAUCGGAAGUCAGAAUACAAAUACAUGUUUGACAUCAAGACUCCCAAGAGAAUUUAUUACCUAUGUGCGGAGACGGAACAGGAGAUGAACCGUUGGGUGGACUGUGUGUGUCAUGUCUGUGGUCUCAAGAUCUAUACUCAAGAAGAUGAGUACCCAUUGCCUUUAGACCACUUGGCAGCAACAACACCAUCUGCUACACCCCCAGCUCCUCUCCAUAGCUUGCCUCUGGAACACCCUGCCCUAGAUUCCCCACCCCUGUCACCAUCUUCUCCAGGUUCAUCUAUAUCUGGACCAUAUAUUCCUAUUAGUACAUGUUUCACAGGGAAAAGAACACCUAACACAAAUUCCAGUUUUCCCUUUAGUGAUGAUAUACCACCUCAAGGGUCUUUGGAAAACCACCGUUCAAGUAUACCCAAUGAAAUGGCCCCUCCAGCACCUAUAAUGUGCCAUGAUAGUCAACCUCCCCUUACUCAAGCACCUCCUGCCCCUACAGUAAACACAGGAGCGAUACCACGCGAGUCUUAUGACAGUCAUAGACAGUUAAGGCCAUCUGGAACAACUUCAGAAGAUACUUUGAGUGUGCAGUCACCACUAGGAACAGAAGGCAGUGUUUUCAGUGAUGAUGACUGGAGUACUACUCCUCACAUGGUUGAGGCAAAAUUCUUUAGUGAAGGAACAAGACCUGUGGGUGGAUUGCAGGUCACCCGGGAUAUUUACUGUAAAGAUGGACAGUGGGAUGGUCCAGGAACUAAGGGUGGUCUAUCACCAGGGGCUAUAAUAAGUGUUGCCAAUUUGCCCAGUGAUAUACGAGGUCUUAGUAUAUCAGAUGAUGAUCAUCAACAGGUACCAGCAGCUCCACCUAGACCACCCAAACCUGCUCACCUUGCAGAAAUCCCCCAGCAAACAUAUCAAAACUUAGAUACAAUUACAAGAACUUCAUUAGUGAGAAAGAACAGUUCUAAUGAGAAAGUCAGGAAUGGUAUAGGAGGUUCUCUUGCAGUUCAUGAGGCUACUACUGGAGUAUCUGAUCCUGAACCUUCUCCAGCUUCUGUUAACAGUUCUAUUCCUCCUUCAACACCUCGUGAAAUAAAUGAAGAAGUGCAUGUUAUGGUAAGGUCACAACAAUAUUCAGAAUCUGUAAGUCCCCAAGCAGCUGAAAGGGCCAAACAAAGACAUUGCUAUAAUAAUUUUACUCCAACGAACUUGCAAGGCCAGAUAUUCUCUUAUGAUAUGCGCCUGCAGGAUUUUCAUGAUAAACAGGCAGAACAGGACCCCAGGAUAUCACCUGCUGGUCUAUAUUCCAACAUCCCUCAGACAAACAAAAGUCCAAUCUAUCCUCCUGCUGUUGAUCGAGGACUAAAACCUAAAAAGACAUCUGAGGGAGGCAACCUUAGUUCCUCAGAACUGUCUCCUCCACCAUCUGGUGGUUCACAUGAGGUACUUGGAGCUGUUGGGGGUUCACCAGCACCACCGUCAUCGGCCCCACCUGUAGUUGAUAGAAAUUUAAAGCCCAUUAAGAACCCUUCAGAACCUGUAUCCAAAAAUAUGUUUGUACUAGAUCCAGCCCCCACACGCCUUAAAAAGCACGAUCAGCGCAAACAACGAGCUGCACCUUCUCCAACGCCUUCCACACUGCGCAAUGGCCGCAGUGGUAAUGAUAGUGGUGACGAAGCAGACCACACGUCCAACCCGGGUAGUAGACGGAACUCUACAAAUGCAGAUGAGCAGAUAUUUUUUUCCUUUCAGAAUGCAUGUCGACCACAACAUGAAAUUCAAUACUUGGAUCUGGAUCUUGACCCUGAGGCUCGACACAGUCCCAAGGCAUUGAAAGGAACUUCUAAUAAAGGCCCUGUAGGGGCGUCGGCUCCAUCAGUAGUGUACAAGAAGGUUGAUUUUGUCAAGACAGAUGCAUUUAAUAAGAUGAGAAUAAAUGUAGAAGACACUUACCGCAAGAAUCAAUAAUGGUGAAACACUAGACACAGUGUAAAGGGACUAUUCUGUACUGCAGAUUUGUAAAUAAGCUUGAAAAGUUAUUGUAAAGAAAAUGGUCAGUGAAGUGUGCAAGAGUUGUGGUUUUGGUUAUUUUUGUAUUUAUUUCCUAACAUGAGGCACCAAAGCAGCAUGCUCUAAACAUAAGUUGUGGAUGAUUUCCAUCAAGAUUUUAAGAGAGUAUAAGUGAUAGGAAUGUUUUGCAGUGUAAAUGUUCUUUGUUAGACACCUACUCUUCUUUGAAGAAGGCACAAAUGGACGAGUUGACGGUUCUGGGUAAACACAAGACGCAAGAAGCAAUCAUUUCACACACUAUUCGAAAUCACCUGGAGAAGCACCGAUUGAUCAAUGAUUCCCAGCAUGGCUUCACAAGCGGACG